AUGCGGGAUCAGGAGACUCUGGAGGUGGACCUCCUGCGGGGUCACGAGUCAGACCCCGAGAGGCUGGAGUCCCUGCCCACCGCCACUGUCGCCAGCCUGCUGCACCUUCGCCAAUCGGAGGUUCUACAAUACAUACAAUCCAAUGGCAUGCAUAAACUGGCGGAAUUUGAUCUCGAGGAAGAUCGCGUGUUUUCGGCCUUCAAGGGAGGGCCCAUGUUGACGUUCGGCUCAGAUGAGCUGGAUCUGGAUGCCGAGGAGGAGUGGCGGAAACGUUUAAAUCGGAAGCUGGAGCCAAACCCUACAGGUUGGCAUUCAACGAUCACCGUGGAGGCCUUUGUGGUUCCCAUCCGAAGUGCAGCUGACCCAGAGUCCAAGGGUCUCCUGCACCCCCUACUGCGCAGACUUCAAGCCAAGCGUUUGUCAUACUCUGUGUUCGACCUGCCAGCUGUGAAGGCCAUCAUUACCUACAAGUGGACAAAGUAUGCACGCACUCGUCUCAUGAUUCAGCUGGGCCUCUUCAUCUGCUGGCUGUUGUGCUUCUAUGGCUUCAUUGUGGCGUUCCAGGGUGAAGACCUGAGCCACUCCCUGAUGGAGCUCCUGCACACCGCGCGAGGGCGUGUGACUGUGGGCCUCGAGAUCGGCAUCCUGCUGUGCAUGCUGCCCUUCCUCGCCAUCGACAUGACCAUGGCCAGCAUUUACCGCCUCCAGUGGAUUUGCGACCCCUGGCACAUCCUGAGCACCCUGACCUACAUCAAUCAGGUGGCCAUCUCCGGCAUGCACCUGGGCAGGCUGAGCGUGAAGAGCGAAUGGCUGACCAUCGUCCUGGCGGUGCAGUGCAUCAUCUUGCUGUUUCGGCUGCAGUACUGGUCCCGCGCCUUCCGGGCCACCCGCUUCGCCUUUGCCGACGUGCUGUGGGAGGUCAUCUGCGAUACCAGCUGGCUCCUCGCCUUCCUCUUCCUGGUCAUGGGGGGGUACGCCGCCGCCUUCCACAUCACCUUCCGCACGGCCGACAAAGAGCCUGAGGGGUAUGGGAACAUCUGGAAGUCCUUCCUGACCAUCUAUGAGCAUGUGCACGGGGACAUCAAACUCGAAGAGUUCUACUCCGCCAAGUCCCUCCCGGUUUUUGGAACGAUUCUCGCGGUUUCAUACAUUUUUGUGGACGGAUUCAUCCUGGCAAACCUCAUGGUUGGUGUCAUCAUCAGCAGUCUGGACCGGGUGAUGGAGCAUGCCGACGCCAAGCAGAUGGUGGCCCGUGCCUACCUCAUCGAUGAGGUGGAAAACACGGCCUCCCUGCUCAGUGUCGCCCGCAGCUACAUGAGUGCACGCCGGACCGAGUACCAUCCCCGCUACGUGCACGUUCUUUCUGUUCACGAGGAGAAGCUCAGUCAGGUGCAGAGGCAAUCGGAGGUGCUGAAGUACAUUCAGAACAAGGGAAUGCACAAGCUGGCCGAGUUCGAAGUCGAGGAGAACCUGAUAUACCCUGCCUUCAAAGAUGGCCCCAUGCUCACCUUUGGGUCUGAUGAGAUGCAACUGGAUGCUGCCUGGGAAUGGCGGCAGCUCCUCCGCAAGCACAUCAAGCCUGAACCGACGGGAUGGCACUCCACACUCACCGUGGAGGCAUUCGUGGUGCCCAUCUGCGGUGCAGCCAAUCCAGAUACCAAGGGCCUGCUCCAUCCCCUUCUCCGGAGGUACCAAGCAAAGCGCUGCUCCUACUUUGUGUUUUCACUGCCUGCCGUACAGGCAAUCAUCAACUUCAAGUGGACAGAUUAUGCGAGGCGACGCCUGUUCCUUCAGCUGGCGCUCUACGUUUGCUGGCUCGUCUGCUUUUACGGCUUCAUCAUUGCCUUCCAGGACGAGGACCUCACCCACUCCCUGAGGAAGCUGCUGCGCACAACGCGCGGCCAGGUCACAGUGUCCCUGGAGGUCGGAGUCCUGGUCUGCAUGCUGCCCUUCCUCGUCAUCGACGCCACCAUGGCCGGCGUGUACCGCCAGCUCUGGAUCGACCCCUGGCGCAUCCUGAGCACCAUCACCUACGUGAAUCAGGUGGCCAUCUCCGCCAUGCACCUGGGCAGGCUGAGCGUGAAGAGCGAGUGGCUGACCAUCGUUUUGGCGGUGCAGUGCAUCCUCCUCCUGUUCCGGCUCCAGUACUGGUCCCGAGCCUUCCGGGCCACCCGCUUCGCCUUUGCCGAUGUGCUGUGGGAGGUCAUCUGCGAUACCAGCUGGCUCCUCAUCUUCCUCUUCAUCGUCAUGGGGGGAUACGCCGCCGCCUUCCACAUCACCUUCCGGACCGCAGACAAGGAGCCCGAGGACUACAAGAGCAUCUGGCGCUCCUUCCUCACCAUGUACGAGCACGUGUAUGGCGACUUGGAGCUCAAGGACUUUUACUCCUCCAAAUCCAUGCCGAUCUUUGCCACCGCCCUGGCAGUCUCAUACAUCUUUGUCCAGGGCUUCAUCCUGGUCAACCUGCUCAUCGGCGCCAUCAUCAACAGCCUGGACCGGGCGAGUCGAAACGCAAGGGCUUGGCGCUGA